AUGGCGUGCCAAGCUUCACUGGGCAAGAGGAUGAUCCUGUGCCUCGAUGGCACCUGGAUGGACUCUGACAAUGGCUACCAAAAGUCCGGUCUCUUCUCCUCGCACGGGACGCUGCAGGUGCCGUCCAACGUGACGCGCAUCUCCCGCUGCUUCAAGCGGCGCUGCUCGGAUGGCCGACUCCAGAUCAUCUCCUACGAGUCGGGCGUCGGCACCGGGAGCAGCACCUUUGACACGAUCACCGGUGGCGCCUUUGGGCUGGGGCUGUCCGAGCGCGUGCGUGAGGCCUACUCGUACCUGUGCGCCAAUUACAUGGACGGCGACGAGAUCUUCCUCGUCGGGUUCUCGCGAGGCGCCUUCACGGCGAGGUCCGUCGCCGGCAUGGUGAGCAACCUGGGACUCCUCACCCGCGAAGGCGUCGAGCGCUUUUACAUCAUCUUCACCGACAUGCAACACUGGCAGGACGACGACUACGACGACCCGUAUCCCACGGUGCCGUUCCCGAACAAACCCAAGGGCCCACACGCCGCCCGGGAAUAUCGGGCGCGGCUCGAGCAGAUGGGCUACACCAGGGUGUGCCAGGCUGAUGGCAGGCUCAUAAAGAUCAAGGGCGUCUGCGUGUGGGACACUGUGGGCAGUCUCGGGAUACCCAACAUCACCUGGCUGGAAAGACUUGGCAUAAGGCCCACGUUUCGAUGGCACGACACCUCACUCAACAACCGUAUCGAGCAUGCGUUCCAAGCACUGGCGCUGGACGAGACGCGCAGCCCGUUCAGGCCCGCCGUGUGGGAGCGCGCCAACGACGAGAGGGAUCCCACCGACCUGCGCCAGGUCUGGUUCCCAGGCAAUCACGCGAACUGCGGCGGCGGCUGGCCCGACCAGGGCAUGGCCAACUGCACACUGGCCUGGAUGAUGGACCAGAUGGCGUCUGUAGGUGUUGAGUUUGACCACAACUCCCUGGACCGCGUGAUCAGAAGAACAAGCGAGUACUACGAGACGCUGGCAGAGACAUUGCGCGGUCCGGGCCCCAUCUGGGCCAUGGAACCCAUCUACGAGAACAAUGAGCCGCUGCGCCCUUGGGCGCUGGGCAAGAUUGCGGCUGACGCCAGUAUCUUGUACAAGCUGGCCGGCGAGACACCCAGGACGCCGGGCAUGUACAAGCAGACCAACCCCAAGACGCAGCGGCCGACACGCCAUUUCCUCCGCGACACCAACGAGCGCGUCCACAGCUCGGUGCGGGUGCGUCUGGCAUGCCAGGGUCUGGGCCUCAACGACAACGGCAUCUGGACGUGCGCCGCCCUGCGCAGGUGGCGGCUGAGGCUCACCAAGCAGACCUUUUUUGACCCGAUACCAGGGCAUCCGGACUGGCAGCCAAGGGAGCGCGGCCGCUGGGUGUGGGAGUACGUGGGCAGCGAUAGGGAGGGGCCGCCGAGUCGGCGUGAGAGGAUCAUGGUGGAGGAGCCGUUGGGUCCGUUUGAGAGAUAUGUCUUGAAGCUGUCGGGGGGGUAUCCGAAUGUGUAUGACUUUGCCGGACGCCGAGGGCCGCGGAGGCUGAAUAAGAGGAUUGGCCGAUAG